CUUUCCCCUCUUCUUUCUCUUUUCCUUUCUUUCUUCUUUUUUUUUCCGGGCAUGUUUUUUGAUGAUUCUUUGGGCUCUUUUCUGGCUGUCACUUUUCUCGGGGUCGUCGCUCGCUUAUAGCAAAUCACUCAGUAACCAGAACGCCAGUCUUGUUUCUGUAUAUGCGCGUUUGUCACAACUAGGAUCAAAGACAUUGCUAAACGGAUUGGAAUCGGACGAUUACCAAGUCAUUGAGGAUGCAUUAACACGACCCAAUAUUACGCUCUUCUUACCGAACGACUCUGCGAUACAGUCGGCCGUGGCGACAGGCACCCUCAAUUUCACGCAGGUUAAUGCAACGAUACCACAAAUUCUACGACACACGCUGUCCACUCCAUACAAUUCCAAUUUUUUACUACGUGGACGACAGUACUUUUACAGCGACGAUUCCACGCAUCUCCCGCUAGUAAUUGGGUCCAGUCAGCAAGACAAUAGCAACAGCACACUCCUCCAAGUGUCGUCAGGCAUAACUACUGCGGAUGUAAUUGUGAAAGAUAUCCAAUGUAGCAAUGGCAUAAUUCACCUCAUUGAUCACUUUCUACAGCCGCCCAUGGCCACGUUAUCUACCAUAGAAACGUUACCCGAACUUGAAACGCAUGAAUUGUUGAUGAAAUCACUGAAUCUGACUACGGUUGUGUCCGGGCCAAACAAGACGGUGCUGGCACCCAUCAACGAGGCCUGGGCCGAGGCCAAUUCCUCCACCAUGCCCUACGGUACACUGGUCCACAACCUUAAAUUCCAGGUCUUGGAAGGCAUCUACUUGUCAACGUCGCUGUUUUCCUCAGUGCCUGAUACGACGGUCACCCUGAACACCAUGAGACGUGAUUCGUCUCUCACAUUCGAACGCUCCGCCAACAACGAACUCUUAGUUAUCGGCAAAAACAGGGAGGACAUUGCUCGAGUUGUACGUGCUGAUGUCAUUACAACGGAAGGCGUUGUCCAUCUAGUCGAUAAGGUAUUAUCUGCAGACUUUGAUGGAGCCAGCAAAGUUAACAGCCAAACAGGCGGCAAUGAUCAAAGUGGCAGCAGGGGUGGAGGCGGGAGCACGCUUGCUGCAGCGCCGGUAGAUGACCCAUCCAAUAUACCACCAGCAGAUAUUCUUGAUUCAUACGGAAGCAUUGGCACAUCUAUCCAUCACCGCAGCCCAAACUUAAUUGCCUUCAUUACUUCUUGCAUUAUUUACGUGGUGCUUUCCGGUUUAGCUCCAUUAUAAUGAUACCCUCCUUCCCUUUGUCCCACUAUUGUGUUUUCUGUUUCCUCCCGCUCUUUUCCUCGUGUUCCUGCUCUUCAUCUGCUCUCUUCCAGAGAAAAAGGAACACCUGUUGUAAAAAUGAUAAUAUACAAAAAACUUGUAACACCAGAGAAACAAAAAGAAAUUACUUUUUACUGUGUUUUGCC